AGUUAGGAAAGUUCCGAUUUCCCACCUUCCUCGAACGCAGCAUUGUACUGGAGGCUGCGUAACAGUCUAGUGACGUGGAGAAUCUACCAGCAACCUACGCCAAAACUUUGCAAACUAUGAAGAAAUUGCGCACCAAAUUGCUUGUUGGUGGAUAGUGACUCAAGUAAUUGAGGAUACUCGGUGUUUGGUUGAUAUUUGGAGGGAACUUUUUUUUUUUUUUUUUAAACAUUAUACAAAUGCGGAUAGCCUUUAGCCUUUAGCUGAUAUGACGACAGAGAGAAGCUGUGCAUGGAUAGCGUAAGGAAGUUCAGCAAGUCAAGUGUAUUGGUAUCACAGGAUUCAAACUAUGACACCGGUUGAACCGGACGCGAAUUGCUGGGAAGAAGCUGGAAUUUAAAGAACGGUAACUCUCGUUGACCAGUUUAUUACUUGCUAACGUUAGCCUCUCUGCGGAGAAGGGAUAUCUCGAGCUGUCAAAAUGGGCUCUCUGCUGCGGGGAGAAGAAAUGUGUUUGGCCCAACUAUUUCUCCAGUCCGGAUCGGCAUACGACUGUAUCGGGGAUCUUGGAGAACUAGGCAUAGUGGAAUUCCGAGAUCUUAAUCCCAGUGUUAAUGCAUUUCAACGAAAAUAUGUUAAUGAAAUCAAAAGAUGUGAAGAGAUGGAGAGGAUCCUCGGGUAUCUCUUGAGGGAAAUUAAGAAAGCUGACAUUUCAUUGCCAGAAGGCGAUGUUAAUCCUGCAGCUCCUUUACCGAAGCAUGUGAUGGGUAUAAUGGAGCAACUACAAAGGCUGGAAGUAGAGUUAGGUGAAGUCAUGAGGAAUAAGGAAAGAUUGCAAAAGAAUCUAUUGGAGCUAACAGAGUACACACAUAUGCUGCGCAUCACUUGUAAUUUUGUGCAGAGAAGUGCUGAGAGAGAGCAGGUGCAAGUCACAUAUGAGGAGUUUCCUUUCUUAGAAAAAGACACAAUGAUGGAUUACAGCAGCAUGCAGGGGCUAGGAGCCAAACUGGGUUUUGUUUCUGGGCUCAUCCAGAGGGCAAAGAUCGAGGCGUUUGAACGGAUGCUGUGGAGAGUGUGUAAAGGCUUCACCAUUCUCAGUUAUGCUGAAGUCGAGGAGUAUCUUGAAGAUCCUGACACUGGUGAGCCCACAAAAAGUGUGGUGUUCCUCAUCUCCUACUGGGGAGAACAGAUUGGCCAUAAAGUAAAGAAGAUUUGUGACUGUUACCACUGCCAUGUGUAUCCUUAUCCCAAUAGCAAUGAGGAGAGGAACAGCGUUGUGCAAGGACUAAAUACUCGCAUUCAGGACCUGCAUACUGUACUUCAUAGAACUGAAGAUUACUUGAAACAGGUCCUGAUGAAGGCCUCAGAAUCGGUCUACACAUGGGUCGUGCAGGUCAAAAAGAUGAAAGCUAUCUACUACAUUCUCAAUCAGUGUAGUUUUGACGUCACCAACAAGUGUCUGAUUGCUGAAGUCUGGUGUCCUGUCGAUGAGCUUCCCACCCUGAGAAGAGCACUUGAAGAUGGAUCGAGAAAAGGCGGCUCAACAGUGCCUUCUUUUGUUAAUCGCAUACCCACAAAUGAAACCCCACCAACACUGAUAAGGUCCAAUAAGUUCACUGUUGGCUUCCAGAACAUUGUGGAUGCCUAUGGAGUGGGGACAUACAGAGAAGUCAAUCCUGCUCCUUUUACAAUCAUUACAUUCCCUUUUCUGUUUGCCGUGAUGUUUGGAGAUAUGGGUCAUGGUCUUCUUAUGGCUGCCUUUGCGUUUUGGAUGGUGUUGUGUGAAAAUAACCGCAAAUUAAAGAACACCAGGAAUGAGAUCUGGAACACGUUUUUUGAGGGUCGGUACAUCAUCCUAAUGAUGGGCCUCUUCUCUGUGUACACCGGCCUGAUAUACAAUGAUUGCUUCUCCAAGUCCAUUAACAUCUUUGGCUCAGGAUGGAGUGUCAAGGCUAUGUUCACAGCAAAGGCAUGGAAUGACACGGUUGUCAAAGGGAAUGGCCUUCUUACUCUGGAUCCAAAUGUCACUGGAGUGUUCAGUGGACCAUAUCCUGUUGGAAUUGACCCAAUCUGGAACUUGGCAACGAAUCGUCUUACAUUCCUGAACUCCUAUAAGAUGAAGAUGUCAGUAAUAUUAGGAAUAAUUCACAUGAGCUUUGGGGUAAUCCUCAGCACUUUAAAUCACUUGCACUUCAGGAGAAAGUACAAUUUGUACUUGGUCUUUCUCCCUGAGAUUCUGUUCCUGCUGUGCCUUUUUGGAUACCUGGUGUUCAUGAUUCUCUACAAGUGGCUUUUCUUCUCUGCUAAAAAUUCCAGAGAGGCUCCUAGCAUCCUCAUUCAUUUCAUCAACAUGUUCCUCAUGCAGAGUGACUCAGUACAGCCCCUCUUCCCUGGACAGAGUGGAUUGCAGAUUUUUCUGGUAGUCAUCGCUGUUCUCUCUGUUCCUGUCUUGCUCCUCGGGAAACCACUCUACCUAUAUUGGCUUCAUAACGGAAGCCAUCGGGUGAAAAUGUACAGGGGUUAUGAGCGUGUACGUCACAACAGUGAAGAGGAGCUCUUCUUGUUGCGGACUCAUGACAUGGAGGAGGGCAGCAAUCACAAUGACCUCUCCUCUAGCGGAGAGCAGCACACAGAGGAGUUUGAUUUUGCAGAUGAGUUUCUACAUCAGGCCAUUCACACGAUAGAGUAUUGCUUGGGGUGCAUUUCCAAUACAGCCUCAUACCUCAGGCUUUGGGCUCUGAGUCUUGCACAUGCCCAGCUAUCUGAGGUGUUGUGGGCCAUGGUGAUGCGAGUGGGACUACGAAUGGAAUCAUUUCUCGGGGUUUUAUUCUUGGUGCCAGUGUUUGGCCUGUUUGCCGUUCUCACCGUGUCCAUCCUGCUGGUGAUGGAAGGCCUGUCCGCUUUCCUACAUGCCCUUCGACUGCACUGGGUGGAGUUUCAGAAUAAGUUCUACCGUGGAACAGGAGUAAAGUUUUAUCCCUUUUCUUUCUCUCUCCUUCCCUCCAACUUUGAACAAGAAGGUUUACUGUGAAGUAAAGGACAUUUUCUUGGGUUAUUUAAUGCCAAACUGUGAUUAUUCCAGUGAUUUCAUUUGAUCUCACCCCUUUCACCAUGUGUGCUGAACUGAAAAGGGGGCCACAUCAACCGAUCGCAUUUAAGAACACUGCCAGAAUGAGAUAUACCAAAACUGCUGUUGUUCUAUUUAUAUUUGUAUAGUAAAUAUCAAAGAUUGUUUUCUACCACAAUCAGUAUACUGUUUCACUUCGGAGGUAAGUGAAAUAUUUUAUGUGGAACCAUAGAUUUCAUAAUUAUAUUGAAGGGGCGCGGGGCCGAUUAAUAGGGGGCCUGCAUUGUUGACGUGGCUGUCAAAGCUCAGACAAAGAGCUUUUUUUCGUUGAAAAAUGUUGUGAAUAAAUGCUUAAAUCCCUGAAUUCUUUAUAGAUAUGGACGCAAAACAGUCUCUAUUCUUGGUUAAAAGCAAAAAAAAAAAAAAAGUGCAGUUAGCAUGUGGGGGCCGCCAUAUGUAAACAGAGCUUUUCCGGUAAAAAUUCUUGUGAAUAAAUGCUCAAAUCCCUGAAUUUUUUAUAGUUAUGGAUGUAAAACAGUCUCGAUUCUUGGUUAAAAGCAAAAAAAAAAGUGCAGGUAGCAUUUAUUUCAUGUAAAUAUUGCAAACUAUGAUGCCAGUCUGUCAGGAAAUUAGCGGCCGCCAUAUGUAAACAGAGAUUUUGCAGUGAAAAUUCUUGUGAAUAAAUUCUUAAAUCCCUGAGUUCUUUAUAGACACGGAUGUAAAACAGUCUCGGUUCUUGGUCUAAAGCAAAUUAAAAAAAAAAAAAAACGUGCAGUUAGCAUUUAUUUUACGUAAAUAUGUCGAAGUACGAUGCUAGUCUGUUAGACAAUAUGGCGGCAGCUAUAUGUAAAAAGAGCUUUUCCGGUGAAAAUUCUUAUGAAUAAAUGCUUAAAUCCCUGAGUUCUUUAUAGAUAUGGAUGUAAAACAGUCUCGAUUCUUGGUUAAAAAAACAAAAAAAAUGUGCAGGUAGCAUUUAUUUUACAUAAAUAUUACGAACUACGAGGCUAGUCUGUAAGGAGAUUACCGGCCGCCAUAUGUAAACAGAGCUUUUCCGGUGAAAAUUCUUGUGAAUAACUGCUUAAGUCCCUGAAUUUUCUAUAGAUAUGUACGUAAAACAGUCUCGAUUCUUAAUUAAAAGCAAAACAAAAAAAAACGUAAAUAUUGCGAACUAUGAGACUAGCCUGUAAAGAAAUUAGCGGCCGCCAUGUGUGAACAGAGCCUUUCCCGCGAAAAUUCUUGUGAAUAUAUGCUUAAAUCCGCGAAUUCUUUAUAGAUAUGGAUGUAAAACAGUCUUGAUUCUUGGUUAAGAGCAACAACAACAACAAAAAACGUGCAGUUAGCAUUUAUUUUGACGUAAAUAUGUUGACGUACAAUGCUAGUCUUUUAGUCAAUGUAGCUGUCGCCUUAUGUAAACAGAGCUUUUCUGGUGAAAAUGCUUGUGAAUAAAUGCUUAAAUCCCUGAAUUCUUUAUGGAAAUGGACGUAAAACAGUCUCGAUUCUUGGUUAAAAGCAAAAAAAAUUGUGCAUGUAGCAUUUAUUUUACGUAAAUAUUGCGAACUAUGACGCUAGUCUGUAAGGAAAUUAGCGGCCGCCAUAUGUAAACAGAGCUUUUCUGGCUAAAAUUCUUGUGAAUAAAUGCUUAAAUCCCUGAAUUCUAUAUAGAUAUGGAUGUAAAGCAGUUUUGAUUCUUGUUUAAAAUAAUUAAAAAAAACGUAAAUAUUGCGAACUAUGAGGGUAGUCUGUAAGGAAAUUAGCUUCCGCCAUAUGUAUUUUCGUUGAAAAUUCUUGUGAAUAAAUGCCUAAAGCCCUGAAUUUUUUCUAGAUAUGGACGCAAAACAGUCUCGAUUCUUGGUUAAAAGCAAAACAAAACAAAAAAAAAAACUUGCAGGUCGCAUUUAUUUUUACGGAAAUAUGUCGAACUACAAUGCUAGUCUGUUAGUCAAUGUGGGGGCCGCCAAAUGUAAACAGCUUUUCUCGUGAAAAUUCUUGUGAAUAAAUGCUUAAAUCCCUGAAUUUUUUUAGAUAUGAGUGUAAAAGUCUCGAUUCUUAGUUAAAAACAAGAACACCGUGCAGGUAGCAUUUAUUUUACGUAAAUAUUGCGAACUAUGAGGCUAGUCUGUAAGGAGAUUAGUGGCCGCCAUAUGUAAACAGCUUUUCCGGUGAAAAUUCUGGUGAAUAAAUGCUUAAAUCCCUGAAUUCAUCGAUAUGGACGCAAAACUGUCUCGAUUCUUGGUUAAAACCAAAAAAAAAAAAAAAAAAAAAAAAAAAAACUUGCAGUUUGCAUUUAUUUUUACGUAAAUAUGUCGGAGUACGAUGGUCAUCUGUUAGUCGAUGUGGGGGCCGCCAUAUGUAAAAAGAGCUUUUCCGGUGAAAAUUCUUGACUAAAUGCUUAAAUACCUAAAUUCUUUUUAGACAUGGACGUAAAACAGUCUCGAUUCUUGGUUAAAAAAAAAAAAAAACGGGCAGUUUGCGUUUAUUUUACGUAAAUAUGUCGAAGAAAGAUGCCCGUCUGUAGCGGUUAAUUUCUCCAAUUGAUUUUUUUUCACAACGUUUCAAAAUGCCUGCAUGGUACGAAAAAUAUCAUGAUUAACUUGAAUCCUCGAACAAAUCACUCCUGAGACGACCCUUCCUGUUUGUAUGCGGUACAGCUUUUGGACUUUUUCAACCUAAAUCCAGCGUUGGAUCACUACAUGUGUCGCUGCGACCGACUGCAAAUAACUGAAGCGGAUUGUGGGAUGGCUCCCGGCUUGAAGGCUUUGCGCAGUGGCUGACCGAUGUGACCCGUCAAUACAAUUAUGAAGUUUAUGGUGGAAACCUUGAUUUUUCUUGUCGUGACUGAGGGCGCUUUCACCUAGCAGUGUUAAGGUCAAUGUUAAACGGACCAGAGUUCUUUUUCCUCAGAUUUUCCGCUUGGUUUUGUAAAUGCGAACGCGCAUCCGAACUCUAGUUCGGACCAAAAAACCGAAUCCUGGUCCGUUCAAUACACAGAAUCAGGUUCUACUGUGGCGGUUGUGUUUUGCAUGCUGUUGCUGAACAUACUGUGUGAAAAUGACCGUGCCAUACACUGCUGGCCAAAAGCAUUGGCACCCGAGGAAUUCUGGUAGAAAAUGCUCAAUUUCUCCCAGAAACUGAUUGCAAUUCCAAAUGCUUUGGUCGUUAUAUCUUCAUUUACUUUACAUGCAAUGAAAAAACACAGAAGACAAUGAAAAAAAAAUGUAAUCAUUAUGAUUUUACACAAAACUCCAAAAAUGGGCCGUACAAAAUUAUUGGCACCCUCAAUCUAAUACUUGGUAGCACAACCUUUAGACAAAAUAACUGCAAACAACCGCUUCCGGUAUCCAUCAAUGAGAUUCUUACAAUGCUCUUUUGGAAUUUUAGACCAUUGUUCUUUGGCCAACUGCUCCAGGUCUCUGAGAUAUGAAGGGUGCCUUCUCCCAACUGCCAUUUUCAGAUCUAUCCAAAGAUGUUCUAUUGGAUUCAGGUCUGGGCUCAUUUUAGAAGUCUCCAGUGCUUUCUCUCCAACCAUUUUUUAGUGCUUUUUGAAGUGUGCUUUAGGUCAUUGUCCUGCGGGAAGACCCAUGACCUCUGAAGGAGACCCACCUUUCUCACACUGGGACCUACAUUAUGCUGCAAAAAUUGUUGGUAGUCUUCAGACUUCAUAAUGCCAUGCACACGGUCAAGCAGUCCAGUGCCAGAGAUAGCAAAGCAACCCCAAAACAUCAGUGAACCUCCGCCAUGAUGGCUGUGGGGACCGUGUUCUUUUCUUUGACGGCCUUGUUUUUUUCCUUGUAAACACUAUGUUGAUGCCUUUUCCCAAAAAGCUCUACUUUUGUCUCAUCUGACCAGAGAACAUUCUUCCAAAACGUUUUUGGCUUUCUCAGGUACGUUUUGGCAAACUUCAGCCUGGCUUUUUUAUGUCUCUGGGUCAGAAGUGGGGUCUUCCUGGGUAUCCUACCUUAGAGUCCCUUUUCAUUCAGACACCGACGAAUAGUACGGGUUGACACUGUUGUUCCUUCGGACUGCAGGAUAGCUUAAACUUGUUUGGAUGUUAGUCGAGGUUCUUUAUCCACCAUCCGCGCAAUCUUUCGUUGAAAUCUCUUGUCAAUUUUUCUUUUCCGUCCACAUCUAGGGAGGUUAGCCACAGUGCCUUGGGCUUUACACUUAUUGAUGACACUGCGCACAGUAGACACAGGAACAUUCAGGUGUUUGAAGAUGGACUUGUAGCCUUGAGAUUGCCCAUGCUUCCUCACAGUUUUUUUUCUUAAAUCCUCAGACAGUUCUUUUGUCUUCUUUCUUUUCUCCAUGCUCAAUGUGGUACAAGGACACAGGACAGAGAUUGAGUCAACUUUAAUCCAUUUUAACUGGCUGCAAGUGUGACUUAGUUAUUGCCACCACCUGUUAUGUGCCACAGGGAAGUAACAGGUGCUGUUAAUUACACAAAUUAGAGAAGCAUCACAUGAUUUUUCAAAGAGUGCCAAUACUUUUGUACGGCCCAUUUUUGGAGUUUUGUGAAAAAUGUUUUUUUUUUUUAUUCUCUUUUGUUCUCUUUUGUCUCUUCUGUUUUUUUAAUUUCAAGCAAAAUAAAUGAAGAUGUUACUACCAAAGCAUUUGUAAUUGCAAUCAUUUUCUUUGAGAAAUUGAGCAUUAUCUGACAGAAUUGCACGGGUGCCAAUAUUUUUGGCCAACUGUGUAAAUAGGCAGAGCCUCUCGGGGCGGCUGUUUCGUGAGUCUCACUCUCCUGGAAGUUGGCGACAAUUUGAAGGUCCAAAGCGUCAAGAAAGUGAAAGCGAUUGUUUGACUUGGUGUACUACGUGGUUCACUCCAGUUCACAUUUGACAUUUUCUGUGGAAACAUGGUUGGAAUGGCCCGACCCCUGCUCUAGUGUGAAAGCGCCCUAAGUGGUUCUUUAUUUCAGAUAUGAGAAAACAUAUCAAGUUGAAAAUUAAUGAGCAGAAAUUGUAAAAAACAGAUUUUUUUGUGUGCAGUUAAUCUUUUUUUUUCUUGUAGGAUUUGUACUAAAACAACCAUUUUUUGCAUUUCCUCCCACACAUUUCUUAUUAGGUACCCUAGUUUCAAAUUUUUUUUUUUUUAUUUGUCCAUCCAUCCCUUUCGGUUUUACGCAACAAUUAAUCUUUUCCCAAAUAACAAUUUUGGCAGAUUUGUUUUCCAUACACCUCGUAGAGAGUAAGCUACUAUUUAAAGGGAUCCACGGAUAGAAAGACUUGUAGUUCUUAAAAGAUAAACGUUAUGAGUUAAAAUAAUUUGAUAUUGAAACCUCUCUUGAUGUUUUGGUUUUUAUAAGACUUGUAAAAUUAGUUUAACUAGUAGGUUGCCAUUAUUGUCGACGACGCAGGGCGGUGACGUCACAUGGUUACUCUGCCGGAUUUCCAAAGUAAGGGCCCAAAUACACCAGAUGCAUGAUUGUUGCGGUUCCGGUCCGACUCCGGUGAAAAAAUAGCGCCGGAGCCAAUCCGUUUCCAUUAUAUCCUAUUGUUCAACGUAUACCGGCCGCGCCAGUGCUCCGGAUUGACUGCGGGCCAUCUCCAGCAUGCCGAAGCCAUCCGGAUGGUAUAGGCUAUUUUCUAUUUUUGCCGGACACGCAUCUGACAAAAUGGGCGGAGCUGGACCUGGACGUAACAGCCCGGUUGCUUAUUCACGGUUUAAACACCAGCGAACAUGGACGAAGAACGUUUCAUCAUGGAGGUGGAAACCCACAAAAUCAUUUAUGAUGCAGCAGAUCCUUUCUAUAAGGACAAUAUAAAAAAGGAAGCUGCAAGGUGUCCUAUUAUGUGUUUUUCUGGCAAUGAUAUCAAACACACGACGUGCUGACAACUUUAAGCGAAAAAAAAAAAGCGUAUCUGGAAGUGGUUCCACUGCAGAAAUUCUCGUGCCCGGCGCACACACAAUGUCGGUUUGUGUACAGAGUUGAGGGGGAAAAGUACGAAAGAGAAUAGACACCCACAAGUUUCGACCUGGUGGUCUAUUCAAGAAGAUUCUCUUUCUUUUCUACAUUUUACUUGACUUUUCAUUGAAAAACCAACAGUUUGCGCUGGGGCACAGGAAUCUGCAGUGUUGAGACACCAAUUCCAAGUACGCGGUUUUUUAGUUCAUGUAGUAUAUAAUUCGCUAUCCAGUUUAUAAAUAUUACAGCUUAUUUAACAUUUUUUAUAACAGUUCUAUGAGAUGUUAUGUGCCAUGAAUUUUAAAUGUGCCCAAAGAUAUAAACCCACCGACACAACCAAGGGCAAAAUAGAGCUCUGCCCCCCUACCCCCAACACAUGGAGCCCUGAUCUCAACAUGAUGCAGACAAUCUGGAAUUAAGAGACAGACAUAACUAAAAUGUCAAUAUGCAAAGAAAAAAUGUGCUCUUGCUCUGCUUCACUGAUGAGUAUAGACUCCGUGUGUUUUUCGUAGUUUUAAAUGGCACUUUAUAGCGCGCGAUCACGCGAGCGCUCACGAGGGAACGGAGUUGGCGGACCGCAGCCGGUAUGAUUUGCCUGUUUUUGACAAACACUGAGUUGGACCGGAACAGGAGCGAUCAUGUAUUUGGGCCCUAAUACUCCAGAACAUAAACCCUUUCAAUUUGAAUCAGAGAGGAACAUUAAUGAGCAUCACAGAGCUGUCGAUAUUUCACCAAACCAGCAGCAAAAGCUAAAUAAAUAGGAAAGACGUGUUUCUAAUAACAUAUUUUAGUAAAAGAGAAAAGUUGUGGCUUAUUAGAGCCUACAAGUCUUUAAGUCCGAGGUUCCCUUCAAUACCUAAGCAUUUACUGCUUGCCUUAAUACAGUAUGACCGAAUAACUUCAGUUAUCCUUGUGGUGUUGACUUCUCAUCCCAAAACACUGCAUAUGAUGUGAUAUAUUUUCCUGGUUUGUAAAUGAAAAGAUUGGGUCUUACAAGAGGAAAAUGAAACGUUUAUACGUGGUCAGGAUCGUAUUUUUAUUUAUUCACUUUUAGAAUGUUUCAGAAUUAGACGAAUGUACAGUUGAAUUUUUUUUUAAGAGUUACAAUGUCGCCUUUAGCUUUGCUAGCUACCGCGUAAUCUAGCAUUGCAAACAUGGAUAUUUGAAUUCAGUUCUUUCUGGUUAGAAACACAUCAAUGAACAUUAAACAGUCACAGAGCAGCACUUUACCAAAUGUGAUUAUGAAGUGAAGUCGGGCACUAUGUUCUUUGUUCCAAGCACAAUACCUGACCUCCAGAAUUACUAAGGGCUAAUUUUGUUUAUUUACCCUUAAUUGUUCUACCAUGUUCUCUGGUAGUUGUAAUAUAAUACCACAGUUUUGACAGGUGUUUUUUUUUUUUACCAUUUUCUUUGGAAGCAGUGCUGUUAUAGCUUUUAAUGCCAAAUUUUUCUUGCCUCUUUUUUUUUUUUUUUUUAAAUAAAUAUUGUAGGUAAAAACACUCCAUCUUGAAUAUUCAUCACCAUAUUUGGCCAUAUAGUGCAAGACUAUCAUUUUGACAUGCUCUAAUACAAAAGGACCGAAGGAAGAUAGCUAGACUUUCAAUCAUUUCACUUAAUUAGGAGGAUUUAUUAAACUUAUUUUUGCACCCCUUGUAAUAGGUCUUUGUUUGUUUGUUUGUUUUUUAAAUGUGACAACUGUGAUUGUUUGCAAAUGGAUACUGUAAUUUUCGCACUGUAAGACGCACCUGACUAUAAGCCACCACCCACAAAAUUUGGCACGAAAAUGGCUGUCAAGUUGAAAUAGGAAUCCUUAAGUAGACAUUUAUAAUAUUACCCAAAAUAAGGAGAGAAGGCACUCGAUUUAGUUGAAAAGCCUGUAAGGAGAAGGAGGGAAACUAUAUGUAAGAUAUGCUUGAUUGUAUGACAGUGGCGCCUCCAGAAAUUUUUCAUAGGGGUGGCCAGAUUUCAUUCAUUCAUUUCAUUUCAUUCGUUUAUUUCAGGCCAUUAUUCCUUGUCAAGACAACAAAUAUAUACAGCUCAUAUAAUAAAGUAACAAAAAAGAGCAGCAAAGCUGAGUAACAUUACAACAUCAACUACAUGCCUGAAAAGGAGUGGGAAGAAGAAAACUUAUUUAAUCCCACCCCUAUUCUUAUCUAAUUAAGAACAAAAAAUUCUUGCUACUUCCUUCCAAAAAUGUAGGCCACCAAAAAAUCAGUCCAAACAGUUUUGUACCAAAUUUUGUCCCUUGUGAUGAAGUUACCACAGGCAACACCCAAACCAAAAACAAUUUCAUACCAACAUGGUAAAUGAAAGUAAAACCAUACCAACAAUGGUAAAGGCCACAGACACAGGACAACAAAUUAUAAAUGGCAACAAUAACUAUACCAACAACGGUCACGGACAAUAUACCAGCAAUGGUAAAAAACAACCAGCACUCAUUCCAAGACAAUUUAUUGAUGUAAUUAAGACCUUAUUUCGGUAUACUGUGACCAGACCAUAAGUUUGUAUAACCUUUUAAAUUUGUAGAUGGUUUGGCAUUGCUUGUGUUGCAUUCCCAAAUUAUUCCAAAGUUUCACUCCACACACAGACACACAAAAGCUUUUACGAGUUGUUCGAAUUUUUGGUAUUCUGAAGUCUCCAUAUCCUCUCAAGUUAUGAGUUCUCUCUUUCAUUGUAAAAAAGUUUUGCAAUUUAAUUGGUAAUAAUUUAUUGAAUGCUUUAUAGAGGAUUAUUGAGGUAUUAUAAUUUACAAGAUCGUUAAAUUUUAGCAGCUUUGAUUGAAUAAACAAAUUAUGUGUAUGAUCCAAAAACCCGACCUUAUGGAUGAUCCGCACGGCCCGUUUCUGUAAGGUAACUAAAGGAUUUAUCGUGCUCUGAUAAGUGUUUCCCCAGACUUCAACACAAUAUGAGAAGUAUGGGAGAACCAAAGAGCAGAUGGGGCCACUUAAAAUCUUGGGGUGGCCAAAACUAAAAGCCAUAAUUUCAGGUUUUCAAUAUAUUAUUGCAGUAAAAAGGUCAGGGGAAAACUAUCAGAAAGACUUAAGGACACGGUAACUGAUAUACUUUGGUGUAUUGUGUAAUAUUUAAUGUGCAUAGUCCAUAACUGUCGAGUCAACAUUUUGAGUUCCACAACAAUUCGGCUUUAUUGUGUUAUGUAUAAAUUAGGCAUAAGGUGUACAUUUAACUAGGGCUAUCAAACGAUUAAAAUUUUUAAUUGAGUGAAUCACAUCUUAAAAAUGAGUUUAUCGUAAUUAAUCGCAAUUUAAACCAUCUCUAAAAUAUGCCAUAUUUUGAGUUCCACAACAAUUCGGUUUUAUUGUGUUAUGUAUAUAUUAGGCAUAAGGUGUACAUUUAACUAGGGCUGUCAAACGAUUAAAAUUUUUAAUUGAGUGAAUCACAUCUUAAAAAUGAGUAUCGUAAUUAAUCGCGAUUCAAACCAUCUCUAAAAUAUGCCAUAUUUUUCUGUAAAUGAUUGUUGGAAUGGAAAGAUAAGACAAGACGGAUAUAUACAUUCAACAUACUGUACAUAAGUACUGUAUUUGUUUAUUAUAACAAUAAAUCCACAAGAUGGCAUUAACAUUAU